UUUCGGAAGGCGUGGUGUGAGGAACCCACGCCGGGUGAGGUCGUCACAAGUGCACACGUGUUUUGUUCUAAGUUACAGCGAGACAAAGGGAUAACAUGUGAUUCAGAAGCGACGCGCCAACGAAGAACAAGACCAACGUACAAUUAUUCAGAUCAGAGUAAUGGCAACACGCCCGGGAGAGUAAGAAAAGAAAAUGAUUUUUGUUAAACGGGUAAAAAAUCGCGUUGGUCCGUAAGAGCACAGUAUAUGUACAUGGAAAGGUGUUCCGAGUGGCAGUGUUGUUUUGGAGGUUUUUGUGUGCGGAAUUUCGCAUGUGAUCUGAGGAGCUAUUGAUGUCCACAGCGGAGGGAAGCCAAGGCCGGGCUUUCGUCUUAGAUGGCUGUUUUACGCUACACUUUAGCAAAAUGGCCGGACCGCCGCCCGUAGAGGACCAUGGCUUCGCGUUCGGACAGCGGCAACGAGACCCGCGGGUCCUCGGAGUCUGACAAUUCGCCCACGCAAACGCCCACGCCCACACGGGAGCUCCUGCACCACCACGCCCACCGCGACCUCCACCCGUACGCCCGCGAGAAGCAGCUUCCGUACCAGCAGCAGGAGGUUUCUCAAGUGCCCCUGCAGCCGCCGCCCACUUCUUCCUCCACCUCCGGGCCGCCCUCGGUCAGACACUCGUCCGGCGCCCACCGCAUCACGCCCACAGUGCGUUCGACGCCCAUCAUCACCUCGUCCGUCAGAAGCACGGCGACGCCUACGGGGAGCUCCUCCGCUAGAACGACAACCACGCCCACAGCUACGCCCUCCCAGAGGUCAACGCCCAUCGCCCGGCCGGCGCUGCCUUCGAGACUCACGCCCUCGUCCUCUUCCUCCACGAGGCUAACGCCCACCGCCCACCACGGGCAGAGGCCGCCCCUCAGGCCACUCCCGAGGAGGCCUACCAAACGUAAUGAGAAUCUUGACCUCGCGCCCUUAUUCAUGCACGGGCUCUCGGGUGCGACGCCCACAGCCAGACCAACGGCCCUAGCUUACGCCCACUGCAAGGCUUUGAACAUCUCUUGA